AUGGUAAUAAACGUCUUAAGCCGGAAGGGAGUACGUAUGGUAGCUUGGCUUCUAUUUCAGCUUCUCAGAGAAAUCGCCUUCUCAGAAGGAAAAAGAAUCAAAAAAAUCCAGAAUAAAAGGAAAGCGAAAGAAAUUGAAGGUUUGACUAAGGUUGAUGAGCAUGUUCAGAUCUCUUUUGAUGAUGAUUCUGAAGAUGUUAGCGAGGAAAAGGAUCCACCACCAAGAAAGAGCAACGAACAUUCAAAGAAGAAACAGAAGCUUGAUUCCUCAACACCAGUAGUGAAGGAACCUUUAAGGAAAAAUCAAGUACACUCAAAGCCAGAUAUUCAUGUAGAGGAAGUAACUGUGUCAAAGCCUGAGAGUCAUGUUGACAAACAAGCCUUUAUUUCUAAGAAAGAUUUUGAUGCAUUCCGCGAUGAGGUUCAUCGCGAAUUUAAAGGAAUUCGUGGUCUAAUGAGAAAAAAAUUCAGAAAGUUGAAGAAAGUAUUUGCUCAAAGAAAGGAGCAGGUUGAAGAUAUUGAAGCAGAUAAUGCAGUAAAUAUUGAUAAGGGAGGGUUAGAGCAAUCUGGACAACAUUUCAGUCCUGAUGUUGUUCAAUCUUUGGAUAAUAUUUCUGACGGUGCAAAGCAACAAUAUGCAGAUAAAGAUCCUGAACUCCAGAAUAUGGAUUAUGUUGGUACCGAAAAAUCACCACAACGAUUAAGUUUGAGGUUGAUCAAGAAUUGGAGGCAAAUUUUCUUGACCAGCGAUGAGAAAAUUGAUGAAAUAAUUUUGUCUGAUUCACAAUUCACAAUCCCUGAUGAGAUGUUACCUAGCCUAAAUAUGUUUCAAAUACAAAGCAUCAUCAUACAUCCAUCGACAAACCGUCAAGAAGACUCUCAUCAUGAAAUUUUGGAUGCAAAAACUUCUGAGACUGAUAUUGAAGAUCAUGAUCAAAUCAACAGAGAAAUCACUGAUUCAGAGGUAGAACUUAAUACCGAGGAGCAAGUUAGAACACCUCCUAAUAUACAAAAAGUAACCAAUGAUGAACAAAGGGAUGAGAAAUUAUGGCCUGAUUCACAAAACACAAUCCCGGAUGAGUUUCUACCUAGCUUGAAUGUCUACAAUCAAAAAAGCAUUAUCAUUCAUCCAUCCGCUAAUCAUGAAGUAAAAACUCCCAGACCAAAGUUAAGGAUUAGGCGACCAUCAAAAUUCAAGGAAUCGCCAUACACCGAAAAAUUUGGUUCAGCUGCUGGGAGAUCAGCAGGGGUAACACGCAUAUUCCCCCACAAACAUCUAUUUUUAUAUCACCCGAUUGAUGGGAUAAAAAAUAGAAAGAUUGUGAAGAACUUCGCGGCCUGGAUUUCUGCGGACCUAUUAAAAGCUACUGCUAAGAGGAAAGGAAAAGUGGAUCAUUACAAGAGGGAAAAAUCAAAAAUUUCAAAGAUGCAUUUUGGUGUUGAGACUGUGGAAGACAAAAAUUGGUUCUAUAUGAUGGGAUUUGCAGAUCAGACAUGGACAGUCUUGAAUAUUGAUGUCUGCUUUUACUACUUGAGGAAGAAGUCGAAGUAUGGGCCGCACAGUUCGUACAAAAAUGAGCCAAACAAAUCAUACAACUACAGUACAGUUGACUGCAACUUUAUGAACGUAAUUAAAUCGUUGAAUGAUGUAUAUUCUAUGGAUGCUCAAAAUCUUAAAGAUGGGGGUCAGGAGCACCAUCUUAUGGAAUACAUCAAUGGGCUCCGUAUGCAUGCCGCAAUGCCAUGGCAUACAGUCGAAGAUAUUUUUAUUCCGAUCAAUAUAAAGGAAAAACAUCACUGGGUUCUCGCGGUUUUAUCAUUUUCAGAGAGGUGUAUAUUCUUGUAUGAUUAA